GGUUCCGGCCUGCGCCGCCGGCCGGGCGCGGGAGGCGGAAGUGCCUCGGGCCGCCGCCUCCGUCCCGACUGCGGCCCCUGCCGGUUACAUAACUCGUUGUGGGGUCCGUGCGGCCCCACUUCCUGGCUCCCUGUGAACCGAGGAUGCGCUGAACCGCGCAACGCCGUCCGCUGCCGCCGGCUCCCGCCCGAAGUGUGGAUGACAGAGGUGGUGCCGUCGAGCGCCCUCAGCGAGGUCAGCCUGCGCCUCCUCUGCCACGAUGACAUAGACACCGUGAAGCACCUGUGCGGCGACUGGUUCCCCAUCGAGUACCCAGACUCAUGGUAUCGUGACAUCACCUCCAACAAGAAGUUCUUUUCCCUCGCCGCAACCUACAGGGGCGCCAUCGUGGGGAUGAUUGUAGCUGAGAUAAAAAGUAGGACCAAGAUACACAAGGAGGACGGAGAUAUUCUAGCCUCCAGCUUCUCUGUUGACACACAGGUUGCUUACAUCCUAAGCCUGGGCGUCGUGAAGGAAUUCAGAAAGCACGGCAUAGGUUCCCUAUUACUUGAGAGUUUAAAGGAUCACAUAUCGACCACGGCCCAGGACCACUGCAAAGCCAUCUACCUGCACGUCCUCACCACCAACAACACGGCCAUAAACUUCUAUGAAAACCGAGACUUCAAGCAGCAUCACUACCUCCCCUACUACUACUCCAUCCGCGGCGUCCUCAAGGACGGCUUCACCUACGUCCUCUACAUCAAUGGUGGCCACCCGCCCUGGACUGUCUUGGACUACAUCCAGCACCUGGGCUCUGCACUAGCAAACCUGAGCCCCUGCUCCAUCCCGCAUAGGAUCUACCGCCAGGCCCACAGCCUGCUCUGCAGCUUCCUGCCAUGGUCAGGCAUCUCCACCAAGGGCGGCAUCGAGUACAGCCGGACCAUGUGACACCAGCUGGGCAGCCUCCACCGGGCCCCACCUCUCGGUGCCCUGUGGGAACUGCUGUUCUGGCCCUCUGACUUCUGCUGUCCCCUGUGAAGGAGCUAGAGGCCACCUGCCGGGCCCAUCGGCCUGCCCCAGCUGCAGGCCCGGUGCUAGGCGGGCUCCGGGAGCGGAGCGGGCAGGGUGCACCUGGUUCUCCGACAGGCUCUUCCAGCCCUCCUUCCUGCCCUGGAAAUCUUCACCUCCGCCGAGCCCUGGUCCCCCCAUGUGCGUGCACCGGCCCCGGGGGCCUGGGGUGGCCGAGCUCAUUGUGGUCUGUUUACUCUGCCGGCCCUGGAGCAAGGGCGCAGGAAGGGGCUUCCUUCCCUGUGCCUCUCAUGGCCUCUUCCCCUCCGCUGCCCGUUCCUUCCAGCUCCUUCCUCCAAAGCUGGAGUAAACUUCUGGAAGAGAGACACUCAAGUGCUCUGCACAGACUGGGCCCUAAAGGCACAGGAGCCUCAGGAUAAUGAGGGCGCGAAGCUCCUGCACUCUGGGCCCUGUCCCCAUGGACCCGCCCCGAGGAUGAGAGCGGCUCAGGAGCUGCUCGUCCCCCGGCACGUCCGGAGCACAGCUUCUAGCUCAAAGGGCGACAGGCUUUUGCAGUCGUCGCAGUCGACCCUGAGGCCCCGGGGAAGAGGUUCCAGAGCUGGUGACUUGGCGCCUGUUCAGGCGGGACCCUGGGCCAGUGCGUCUCACCCCAAAGCCUGAGGCAAGGGCCACUGGGUCUUUGCCCCACCCUCUCCUCGGAGCCUCUGGCCACCCUGGGGGGUAGGGGUUCGGUCUGUCACCCCCCUAGACAAGUGAAAACUGGUUCAGGGGCUGGGGUUGCCCAAGAGCCACGUGGCUGUGCGUGGUGGGCCCGAGACCCAGCCAGGUCUGUGCCCUCCAAAGCCCGUGUGCGUCGUGGGUGAGAGGCUGGUAGCCUGGAUGGAGUUCCCGCCACCCAGGGGCGCGCUCACGUUUAUCACAGCCUGAAGCGAACCCAAGAACUAGUCGUUCCCCUGCAUCUCCCCUGCGUCUGCAAGGAACCCAGCUGCCCUGAUGCCCUGGACACCCUCACGCGUGUCUGACAGCCUUGGGGGAGUGGGUGGGGGUCCGUCUUGGUCUGACCCAGCUGCCAGGACCGGAAGUCAGCCAGAUGGGGAGACUCGCAGAGGCCAACCCGGGUCCUCCUGCCGUGUCUCCACAGGGCUGUGGCCCAGUGAGGUGGACCAGGGGUCUUAGCAGAGAGGUUCUGUGUCCUCCCCCCACCCCCAGGGACAUUAGACCAUCUGGAGACAUUUUUGGCUGCCCCACCGGGAGGAGGGCGCUCCUGGCACCAAGUGAGUGGAGACCAGAGACGCUGCUGAACACCCUGCAGCGACAGCCCACAGCAAGGAUGCAGGACGGCCCACAGCAAAGGAUGCAGGACGGCCCACAGCAAAGAAUGCAGGACAGCCCACAGCAAAGGAUGCAGGACGGCCCACAGCAAAGGAUGCCUGGCUCAGAGACCCCCAGGUGCCAGGGGGCUGCUUCUCCAGCUGCCUUGGUCUGAAGACAGACGACCAGGAACAGAAGGUGCAGGCCUUGGCUUUUAUUGCGAUCAGACUUGUGGGCUCCCUGGCCCCUCGGGAGCCCAGCUCUCCGCUCCGCCCGGCCUCCCAGUGACAUCCUGUUUUCACCGCUGGUGCCGACUUUCCCAAGAUGACGAGACCCCCCUACCGUGGGACACCACACACCUCCAGCUUUCUCAGGAUUACAAGACCCCCCCUACGGUGAGACACCUCCAACUUUGUCACGACUAUGUGACCACAGAGUCCAGCUGCAGGCGAAAGAUAAACUAACCUCCCCUCGCCUCAGGGAAUCCAGUUUCCCAUCCAAGGGGCAUAAGAAGGCCCCAAAAGAAGGGCAGGGGGCUGGCUCUUCUCAAGGGUCCGUCACCCUCUCCCUUUCCCCUCUAAUAAGUUUUCUUCUCUUCGCCUGAACACCCGGCUCGUUCUCUUUCUCUGCACUCGCCUUACACUACCAACUGUUUUCCAAAGUGGAUGUACAGUUUCACGUUCCCACCAACACUGUAGGAAGGGCCAAGUCCCUCCACAUCCUUUCAGACCGUUAACUGCCGGGGCUUUCAUUGUACUUGGUUAUUUUAGCUGUUCUCAAACUACCCAGUGAUAUCUUGUGGUUUAAUAUACAUUUCUCUAACGACUAAUAA